AAGAAGAUAUGGCAACACACGAAGAUGGGGAAGGUGGGUUUAAGCCUUAAGAGAUCGUUGUCAUCUUCGAUGCUCUUCCGUCGGAUCUUUUCUUCACUUAACCUUCGAGACCUUCCCCCGUCUCCAUUAAUAUCUUCCAGAGAAUUCUCCGGCCGUCUUUGGAUUCCUGCCGGAGGGAGACUCUCCGACCGAAGUAGGUGGUUGAAAUUUCAAAGAAAUAUCUGCCUGUCUUCCAUUCGCAUGUCCUCUGCCUUCCAGAUGGGCGACACCAGGAGACCUCCCGUUACUGCAGAUAAGGCUGAUUUGUUAAGGGAGGUUGAAGCUGCAUUGGGUUCAUCCUUUAGUUUGGAGCCUCUAUCACCAACCCCAAACCCUCUGAUUAUUGUCAUCAGCGGACCAAGUGGUGUUGGUAAAGAUGCUGUCAUCAAGAGGCUACAGCAAGUUCGGCAUGGCAUUCACUUUGUUGUCACAGCAACAAGCCGAGAAAAGCGACCGGGUGAAGUGGAUGGAAAAGAUUACUACUUUGUUACAAAAGAGCAGUUUCUUUCAAUGAUUGAGAGGAAUGAACUCUUAGAAUAUGCUCUUGUUUACGGCGAAUAUAAAGGGAUCCCAAAGCAACAGAUUCAUGAUUUCAUGUCGAAGGGAUUUGACAUUGUUCUGAGGGUGGACAUACAAGGGGCAGCUACAUUGAGGUCUAUCCUUGGAGACUCUGCUAUCUUCAUUUUCCUUCUUGCAGAGAAUGAGGAAGCCCUUGUGAAGCGACUUAUUGAUCGUAAGACAGAGACCAUAGACAGACUUCUUGUCAGGAUUGCUACAGCCCGUGAGGAGAUCAAACAUCUAAAGGAAUUUGACUAUGUGGUUGUGAAUGAAGAGGGGAAACUUGAGAGUUCUGUUAAAAUGGUGGAGUCCAUCAUUGAUGCAGAGAAAGCUAGAGUUCAGCAAAGGAAUGCUGUCAUCUAGUUUGUACAGAAUGAGUUCCUUUAUUUUCCUUCCUAAUCUAUUAUUCAUGAUAGUUUACUGUCUGCAGCUACCCUAAGGUCUAUCCUUAAGAAGCCCUUCAGGGAACCUUGUUUUGUAGCUCCUUGCUGUACUAAGGGAUAUGCUGGUAAGCUUGGUUGGUGCAGUGCAUUUAGAGUUCAGAUAUAUAAAGUCAUAUAUCUGGUCUGGAGUUACAAUCAUUUA